AAUUGGCCUGUAUUAUUUUUGCAAAAGGUCAGGGUAAAAAAUCGACUAUUUCUAAUAUGAAUUCAUCGUGGGAGGGACGGAUAUAUAAAAGCAAUUCUAAAUUUUUGGAAAUUAUCACUUCACCUUCGAAGCUUAAGAGAUCCAAGCAAAUCCCAACCAUGAAAGUAGUAAUUGCCUUAUUUGCUCUCGUAGCUGUAGCUGUAGCUGCUCCCCAGAACCCAGCUGACGUUAAUGCUCAAGUUUUGAGGAACGAACUGGACAACAUUGGUGUCGACAAAUUCAGCUAUGGAUACGAAACUAGCAACGGCAUCUCUGCCCAAGAACAAGGUCAACUGGUGAACCCUGGAUCUGAAAACGAAGCUAUCGCUGUCCGUGGUUCCUUCCAAUACACCGGACCUGACGGUCAGCAAUACUCUGUGCAAUAUGUUGCUGACGAGAACGGUUUCCAGCCACAAGGUGCCCAUUUACCAGUUGCCCCUCAAUAAGUCAUUGUUUUCCGAUUUUGUUGUUUAAUUUUAAGUUAAUAAAGAAGUAAAAAAAUA